GUGCCAUACACUCGGUUGAUUCCGGCGAUACGGCGUCGACCUAUCGCAUCCUGGAGCCCUAUCACGCCGGCGUACAGGUUCCGGUGUGUUUGUACCACCCUCGGAAUCCAUCGAUUCUCGUAGGCUGGAAUGAGGGGUUUGGCGGGGUUAUCUUGUGAUGACCUCAGUGAAGCCAAUUCGUAUACCUACUUGCCUGAUCAUGGCAUAUAUGGGAUUUUAAUAUUCACUCAAACGUCAAACUGAAGCCCAUACUUUGUCAGAGAUCAAAAGUCACCAUAUUUAGCUACCGUAAUCGGCAAUUAGAAACGCCAAAAAAGUCAUUUCGUAUCAAUAAUCAGCUGCUAUUAACGCCCAAAGAAGCAAAGCCAUUUCAGCAUGUCUGACCGCGUUGUUCGCGUCGCCGUUACUCAGGCUGAGCCUGUUUGGCUUAACCUCCAGGCGACUAUAGAAAAAACGUGCAGGCUUAUAGCAGAGGCAGCAUCGAAUAAUGCUCAGCUUAUCGCCUUCCCCGAGACUUGGGUUCCAGGCUACCCUUGUUGGAUUUGGAGUCGGCCGGUUGACUUUGACCUCAACGUUGCUUACAUCAAAAAUUCCCUCCGCUUGGACUCACCAGAAAUGGAAAUGGUCCAGGCGUGCGCUCGUGAACAUGGGAUUGCCGUCUCGUUGGGUUUCUCGGAGAAUAGCAACAACUCACUCUACAUCGCCAAUGUUCUCAUUGGACCUGAUGGCGAGAUCAAAGUCCAUCGACGAAAGAUGAAGCCAACGCACAUGGAACGCACCGUGUUUGGAGACGCCUCUGGCCAUUGCUUGCAGAGCGUGGGAGAGCUCCCGUUUGGUCGCGUUGGCUCAUUGGCGUGCUGGGAACAUAUUCAGCCACUACUCAAAUAUAAUACCAUUGCACAGAACGAGGAGAUUCACGUUGCUAUCUGGCCUCCUCUGAAUUCAGAAGUCGGAGAUCCUAUCCCGUGGUCUAUGACCGCGGAAGGCUGUAAAACGCUCUCCCGCACCUACGCCAUUGAAUCCGGAACAUUCGUGCUACACUGCACCACAGUCAUUACAGGAGACGGAGUCAAGACCUUGGGAACAACUGGAGGGGCGCUCAUGUCGAGCCCGGGGGGAGGUCAUUCGACCGUCUUUGGUCCAGACGGUCGACGCAUAACAGACCUCAUCGAGGAAGACACAGAGGGUAUCAUUUAUGCAAACUUGAACAUGGAUGAACUGCUAGUGAACAAGAUGUUUGCCGAUUGCACGGGACAUUAUAGCCGCCCUGAUCUUCUCUGGUUGGGAGUGGCGCAGGAGAUUAAGCCUGUGGUUAGACCGCAGCGGGUGGAAACUGCUCAAGAAACGAAUGAGCAAAUCGAGUAGCGAAUUAUUUACCAACGACUAUAAUGCUUCAUUGACAUGUGAUAAUGGCCGUCAGAAGCAUUAAGAUCUACUGCUGCCGACGAUUCGAACUAGUCUCAUAUGUACUAUUGUUCAAAAGCAAGAUAACCCUAUCCUUAGUAUGCC